ACUGUCAUCUGGCCAUCUCUUUAGGCCACUGAGUUCCCAGCAUUGAACCAGUGUUAAAGUUCAGGGAGAGCGGGUGAAUUACAGCCUGCUUCUUCGCAUGUAAUAGCAGUGCUUCAUGACCUGCACCCUUCACUCUGGUGGAGCUGUCUUCCUCCUGUUCUGUCUAUGUGAUCUGCACUGAAGUCUACACUUUCUCCAAGAGGUGUAUGUCAGGACUGAGAAUCAUGCAUUACCUCCUGCUGGGAUCUUCAGUCAUGGUCCUGAUUUACCUCUCAGCUGAAGCCAAUAUCCAUGUGUUCCAGAAGCCACGGUUUAUCGGAGUCAAAACGGGUCGGACGGUGAUUAUAUACUGUGUGCCGCUGAAUCCGUCUAAGUCGAGUCAUGUAGAGUGGUUCAGAGGCCAGAUUUACAAAGACCAGCUCAAGAACAGCCAAAGAAUAAAGAUAACAGAGAAGAGCGACAAACUAAAUGCCUCCGUUACCAUAAAUAAAGUGGAGAUAGAGGACAGCGGCACUUACUUUUGCAAGCUGAACGGCACGUUCGGACCCGGAACUGAGCUACAAGUGUCCAGACACAUCGAUACCGACGUUGUCUUGAAGAGGUCGAGAGUCAAGGAUGUUUUCAUUUUCCUUCAGGGUUUACUGUUGAUUUUGUGCAUCGUCGUUCCUCUGGUUCAGUAUUACAGACUGGGGAUGAAAGAAGACGCCAUUUAUGAAGAGCCAGAGGUUGAUCACAUAUACGAGGGGCUGGAGAUCGAGCAGUGCGGCGGUGCGGAUCUGUAUGAGGACAUCACUGCUUUAGCCCGGGACACAGAUGCAGCGUGGGAAGUCGAGUCCCCAGACCAAGAGUGAGAAAAAGCAACCUGGUCUCAUAAAAAUACGUACCUCUGUGUACUUUUGGUGCAACACUGUUUUUUUCAGUUUCAAAGAGAAAUGUACACUGAGUGGCGCUAAAGCGCAGCUUCAAUACAUGACCCCUGGAACAUUUUUAGUACGUCGAUAUAGGUACGGUUUAGUAUGGUAAUAUCCGUUCACUGUUUCUAAAAGCUAAUGCUCUACACCAAAUCCAACCCUAAACCUACCCAAUUAUAAAAACACAUUUGUUGCCAUUUCAACUUCCUUUUUCAAGCUCCUCUGCUCUCAGGUGUACUUCGUGAGCUACCGAAAAAAAAAACUGUCUAUGAAAACCCAUAGAGAUGAAGCUGGAUGUGUGUGAUGCUAACGGUCAAAAGCGUCAGUUUUCAGAUAUCUCAGAAUAUUAAUAUUGUUUCGAAGUCAUAACACGAUAUUCUUCAAGCAAUUUUGUGAAAAUGACGCUUUAUUAAUCCAAACUGUACAUUUGCGUGACAAAGGUGCCAGAGUUUUAUUGCCUCUAGUGUUCAUUUCUUUUCGGAAACCGCACUGAUGUACUUGUCGGUACGUAUUUCGUGUCUCGCUACAAAGUGCACCCAGGUACAUUUAUGCCACGAGACCAGGCAAAAACAUGACUUUCAGAUUAUUGAUCUGCAGAUAUUAAAACGAGACACACAUAUCCAGUGUGCGCUGCAUAAUCCACAUGUGUGCAGAAAGACCUCACUGCUCAUGAAAGCAGUAAAUGGUUCUUAAAAAAAACAAAAUUAUAAUUUUUAAUUUUUUGGAAAGUAAUGAAAUUAUACCAUUUAUAGGCUUGAAGGUUUUGUUGGGGAUGUGCCAUAUGCGGCAAUAACAAUCAUCUAUAGACAUUGUAAUACAUUUAACUUAUGUUUUUGUUGUUGUUUGCUUGUUUUUUUGUCUGUAUGGCGGUUUUUAUUAGACUUUACGUUCAUUUUACUGUAUUGUGUAUAAUGUGGUAGUGUUUGCUCUGGCUCUGCUAGUCAUUCACAACAAGGUGCUCUCUAUUCGGUUACAAAAAUACUAGCGGUAAGGAACUGUUUAAAGCUCAAGGGCACUUUCACUUCAUAUCUGUUAAAAUAAGCAUGCGAAUAGCAGGUGUUUUCCACGAAGGAGCUUUUUUCUGUAAACGUCGAGUAUAUUUUCUUGCAUUCAUUCUGAUUGCCACAAAACUUCCGAAAAGAACAUCUGUCUGUAAAAGGAUUUAACUUGGCCACUGUCUCAAAAUUGCUAUUUGAUUAGUAAAAUACUACAAAAACCUAAAAUGCAAUGUUUGUUUUUAAACGUUCUGUACACCGAAAAGUUAUAAAAUGUUGUUUGGUGACGCCAAACCGCAUUUGAGCUACGUGGGUUAAGUAUAUAGCUACCUGAAUCGCACGAAAGAUAAUAAAAAUAUUAAAGGAGAGAAUCUUAAAAAGCACAGAAAAGCUGUUAAAAGAUGCAGGCUGUUCAGUUUUUUAAUAGUAAGCGACUGCAAGAGCUGUAGGGAGGGAAAGUGCGCCAUCUUAUGGCCAUUCAGACAAACUAAACAUCUUUUAAUCCUGGAACACUACUUAGGUGUUUUCCCUUUUACAGUCUAGAUGAGUCGAAGUUAGUAGCCGACACCAGAUUUUACAGAGUUUCAUCAUGUAGUUCACCAUCAGGGCAUCCGAGAUGUACGUUUGUUUCUUCUUUGGGACAGAUUUUGGUGCAGAAAUGACUUGCUUACCGACGGAUGCUCUGCGGUGAAUGGGUGCCGUCGGAAAAAGAGGUGAUAAAAACAUCACAAUAAUCCACAAGUAAUCCACUCCAAUCCAUCAGUUAACAAUUAACACGAAGGAUAUUUUGUUAAAAAUAAAAAAUAAAAUAAAUUCACAAAAUGUCUUAAAAUAUUCAAGUUUUUUUAUUUGAUGCCAGAAAUACAAAAAGUCACUUCAUCUCUUCAUUUAUGCAUUUUUUUUACAUAUAACAGUUAAAAAAAGACAACAUUAAUAAAUAAGGAGAUAAUCUAUAAAUAUUAGUAUGCAAAAUCGCGGCGUAUAAAAUGUUAAAUUCCACAAAUAAAUAAAAUAAGAUUUAAAUAAUUUAUUAAAACUCGUAUAAAUAGCAUAUCACAGCAUGAGGAAUCAAAACGAUAAUAAAUAAACACUGCGUAGCGCUGUAUAAAAUAACAUUAUAGAAAAGGAGUGUAAACACUGAUUAGCACUUGUUUUUUUUUUCUUCUGUAAACGGAGCCAAGCCUCAAGAGGACCGGUUCUUAACCACGAGUGUGGAGGAAGAAGAACUCCAGCUGGUUCAUCAAACUUAUGACCCGUUUUCUGACGAUCUCCCAGCUGUGAUCUUUAUCCCCCUGAAAGAGUAAAACAACGCAUUCCAGGGGACGACGGCAUCGUCGAAGAGGACCGUGAUCUCCAGCAGAGCCUGAAUGACGAAAGGGAUCUGCUUCUCAGGCUGAGAGGAAGAGACCAAAAACACAGAGACAUUCGUCAAUAUAGAUCCAGCGCGUGUUAUAGUGUCAUUUAUAAUCAAUAAUCAUUUUUACUAA